AAAGUUUAGCACUGGACGCUUAAAGGCAGUAGGCGCAAAGUAGGACCAGCAGCGCGACAAGAAGUUAUCGCUGUAACAAAUCGGGAAUAUAUCAGACAUGUAGAAGUAUCUUCAAGCUGCGGGAAACCAACCAAUUCCUCCAGGCAUAGCUCUGGCAAUGCUUCGCCUCCUAUAUUUUCUGGAUAUCUGACUGCGGAGAACGGCUCCGAGUGGGAUGUUGUAACCUCAAAAGACGCACGGGACGACACGCGCUGCGCUCCUGCUGGACUAACCUUAAACCCACGUGCCUCGGUGUCCAAGGCGACCCGCCUUACCGGAGUCUGUGGAGAUAACAUUAUUCUCUCGGUCGGUUCUGGUGUUGGUGGUGGUGGGGUUUUUUGUCAACAUGCCCGGGACAAUGAGGAUGAUGAUGGUGUCGCUCGCGCUCCUCCUGGUCUGUCCGCUCUUCUUGGCCAUUGAUGCGUUCGGCGACGACGAGGAGGAGAUGACCUGUGACCCAAUCCGGAUCAGCAUGUGCCACGGUCUGGGCUACAACGUCACCAAGAUGCCCAACCUGGUGGGCAACGUGCUGCAGUCGGACGCCGAGCUGCAGCUGACCACGUUCACGCCGCUCAUACAGUACGGCUGCUCCAGUCAGCUCAAGUUCUUCCUUUGCUCAGUUUAUGUGCCCAUGUGCACAGACAAGGUUCCCAUCCCCAUCGGGCCGUGUAAGAGCAUGUGUUUGUCCGUCAAGAGAAAAUGUCUCCCUGUUCUUAAUGAGUUUGGCUUCAUUUGGCCUGAGGUGCUUAAUUGCAGCCUCUUCCCACCUUUAAAUGACCACAACCACAUGUGCAUGGAAGGUCCAGGUGAUGAAGACCCCCCUUACCAGCCGGUCCGCCAUCCUCCUCAUCAGGAGGAAUGUCAGGCCCUCGGAUCGGCACCUGAGCAGUAUAUUUGGCUCAAACAAACCGAAACCUGUACCCUCCAGUGUGGCUAUGAGAGCGGCCUUUACCGACGGGGUGCCAAAGUCUUCACAGAUGCCUGGAUGGCGGUGUGGGCCGUUCUGUGCUUCUUGUCGACCACUCUGACAGUCUUGACCUUUCUCCUGGACUCGCAGCGUUUCUCCUAUCCCGAGAGGCCAAUCAUCUUUCUUUCAAUGUGCUGCAAUCUGUACAGUGUUGCUUACCUGGUACGACUGACUCUUGGAAGACAGCGAGUUUCCUGUGACUUGGACGCCACUGACGUUCCGAUUCUGGUCCAGGAAGGAUUAAAGAGCACCGGCUGUGCCAUAGUCUUCCUUCUCCUCUAUUUCUUUGGCAUGGCGUCCUCACUGUGGUGGGUGAUCCUAACCCUCACCUGGUUUUUGGCUGCUGGACUGAAGUGGGGUCAUGAAGCAAUUGAAAUGCACAGUUCAUACUUCCACAUAGCAGCCUGGGCCAUCCCAGCUGUUAAAACCAUCGUUAUCCUUAUAAUGCGACUGGUAGAUGCUGAUGACCUUACUGGGCUGUGCUAUGUUGGUAACCAGCAGCAAGAGGCUCUCACAGGCUUUGUGGUUGCACCAUUAGCAACAUACCUUCUCAUAGGCACUCUGUUCAUCUGCGCAGGCCUGGUGGCUCUCUUCAAGAUCCGCUCUAAUCUGCAAAAGGAUGGAGCUAAAACAGAUAAACUGGAGCGUCUAAUGGUGAAGAUCGGAGUGUUCUCUGUUCUUUACACUGUUCCAGCAUCCACAGUCAUCGGAUGUUAUCUUUACCAGCUGUCUAACUGGGAGGAGUUCAAGACAAGCCCCCGGGACUCAUAUGUGGCGUCGGAGAUGCUUCGGAUCUUCAUGUCGCUGCUCGUGGGCAUCACAUCAGGGAUGUGGAUUUGGUCGGCGAAGACUCUCCACACCUGGCAGCGCUGUUCUGCCCGACUGCUGAGGGACAGCCGGGCAAGCCGAGGCGGCAAGAGGGCGCCGGUUGAAAGCUGGAUCAAACCGGGAAAAGGCAACGAGACAGUGGUGUGACAAGAUGCAGAGAAAAUGGACGGGAAAUAAGUUUUGCGUUGUUUUUUUUCCUCGUAAAGAAACUUGCUCUGCCAAAUGAAGGACAAAGAGAGUCAGCAACCUGGUUAGAAAUGGGACAGAGGAUUGUAGCCAGACUUUCUCAGAGAAGCCACUGGAUGUAAUGCCAUUGCAUGAACUCCCUGCCUCCAAUAGGAGCUAUGAAGGAGAAAAUAGGAAGACUGAAUCAUACAUGUUGUUGCAAGAGUAGCCUCUCUACCUCUCAUUAGAUUUCUGUUGCAUUGAGAGGUGGGAAAAGGCAAAAAAUGAAUCAAAAAAUCAAGAAGACAUGCUGAAAAGGCAGAAAAGACGCACAUAAGCAAUGAUUCUACAUUUCUGUCUCUAUUUCUUAAGUGAUCAGCAGAAGAGACCUACCCUGCUGAAUACAGUAAAGCCGUGUACUAUUGUGACUUUUAAAGGGCUUUUAAAUUUUACACUGACACUGGAGCAGAUUUACAGAUAUUUGGCUUCCCAGAAAUAUCUGAUGUCACCUUGGCAAUGUUAAUGUUGCAGGUUUAUCAACAUUAAAAUACCAGAUCAACUGUAGAAAAUACCCAAAAUACUGCCUUAAAUCUACAAUUUGUUUACAGACAAAAAGUCUGCAUUUCUGUCAGGUUAGGAUUUUUUUUUAUCAGAUACUGGUGCAGGUGGAUUUUAUUGCUUUGGAUUUGUGGGAACCAGACUCGAUGCUGUAAUUAUUGCACUAUAAAUGUGUGAAAUGUGAAGACAAAAGUAGAAAGUAUGAGAGCAAACCAUUAAAAUUCAGUUAUGUCUACAAAGCCAUUGUUUUAAAGCUAGAUGAGGUGUUAUAAGCAGUUAUCAUCUUACUUUCAGUGGGUAUUUCUUAGUCUCCUCAUUCUGUAUAAAUUUAGAUUAGAUGGUUCCUGAGGCUGAAGCUAUCGGCUAAUCUGGAUGAGAUCAGUAAAGUCCCAAUCUAUAAUCUAAAAGCAAAUCUAACCUCAAAAGCAUGACAGUGGUUUAUGUGAAAUCAAGUUAUGAACCUUUACACCAUUGUCACUUCAUGCUGCUUUAAAUGUUCCAUUCUCAGUAUGUUUGCUAUAGGAAGGUCAUUGGUUCCAACUUUAGUAAUGCUAUAAAUAUUCCUAUAUUUUAAUUUAAAUAUCCCCCUGAAAAUGUGAUGAUGGUUUGAAGGUUUAUAAAUUAGCAUAAACUGCAUUUUUUUUUUUUGAGGCAAGAGCAUGCUUUGGUUCAACAGACUAGUUGUAAACAUAAGCCUUCUGGAAAAACUAAUCUAAAUUUAUUCUAAAUAAGAGAGAGAGAGCUAUUACUUAUAAAAUAACAGACCUUGCUUCUAAAUUUGCUUUCUACUAGGGUGUUGAUGGAAAGUAAAAGCAAAUGGUGCAAAGGGUCAGAAAAUUUCCACCAAUGCAUCAGAAUCAGGACAAACAUAAUUUGUAACUAAGUAUCUAUUUUGACUUUCUUUAUCAGGCGUAAAUUGCAGAGAAAUGCGCCUUUGUGCGUCACUUUGGCAGUCUGUGAGAAACUCAGCCAGUGUCCAAUGAUGUUUAGUCUUCCUGCAAACCCUGCACUCUAUAUGCUCUUGGGUCACCAUACAAUUCAGGAAAUUUAAUUAUUAACCCUGCCCUUUUCCAAACAUUGGAACCCAGGAAGGUUUUAAAGCAAGAAAUUAUGGGACAAUCAGCUGCCAAAACACACAUUAGGCAACAGCAAUAUCAGUCAGAGAGUACGCUCUUCUUCAUGAACUUAGAUAGUUGUACUUGAUACUUAAGUUGGGACUGGAUCAGAGCAAAGUGUGCUCAUCAGAUGCUAAAACAUCUUGGAGAACUUGGAGAUCCGAGUACUAAAGGCCAUCUACUGCAAGACUACAAUGCCAAAGUAUCUUUGAAACUGUUCUUACAGAUACAUCAUUCAAGAUUCAAGAAACGCAAUAGCCCUCCUCUUCAGUAACAAUAAGCUUUUAAUAAAUGUUUGUUUGUACAGAGACAGCACACUGCAACUGGUUCUAUAAGAAUAAAUAUCUCCCCCCUGGUGCUGUUAUUGGUCGCCUUCCCACAUGACCUCACUUGAUACGUCUCAGCUCACGUCCUCAGACAAUCAGAGUUCCUUUCUGGAACACAGUCUUGUAUAUUUCAAAAUGUCAUGGAUGAUGUAGAGAAAAUUUUCAGGUUUCAGGUUGUUUCUCUUUUACCAUUUUCACUAUUUUUGUCUUUUCUGUAUAUUGUAGCUGAAGCCAAUCUAGUCUUUUAGUUACGAUACUCUGAAACUGACCCUCUUUAUCUGCCUAAUUGUCUAUCUAGCAAUGCUGUAUACAUUCAUUCUUGUCACGUCAUGUCAUUUUCAAGCAGUUGUGUUUAAAACAAAAAAAAAAUUUUGAUAACCAGACAGUGCCUCACACAGCCUGUCCAAUAGGAACCAGGCAUUUCUUGGCUGCAUGUUUCCUCAAAGAUGUUUUUAGGAUCAGUCGUUGUGGUGAAACAGACACCGUUUACACAAACCUGCUUCAUCAGACCAGCAUACCUCGGUACACUUAUUGAAUUUCCAAAGUCAAACAUUACUUUCACUUAAAGUGAAUUAAAUUAACCUGUGACCACCUCCCCUCUGAGCUAAUGUAGUUUCCCUUUUAAACCAUCUAAAUUUUUGACAGCACUCCCCCCUCCUCCUAUUCUUAUGACCACUCUGAGCUUAAGGUGACUUUUCUAAACAGUCACUGAAUGUGCCUUAAUCCCCCCUGCAGUGAAUGUUUGUGCAGGACUUAAACCACUGGCAGUGCCGAUUUGUAAAUUCUUUUAGAAACCCAGUUGUGAAUCGCCAGCGAGCUCGAUUAGCCAGCUCAGAUAAUAACCUUUAAGGUUUAUAAUGCUCCCUGUUGUGUUGAACACUCGUGUUCUUUGCAAUGUCAUCAAUGUAUUAUAAAAUGCUAAUUUAUCCUUGUAAAAAUAAUGUGACAAAUUUUAAAGACUUGUUUAUUUAAAAACCACUUUUGUAUCAGAAGAAGAUGAAUAAAAGUUUUUUUUGGUUUCUAAGUGGCCUGUGCUUUACAUC